CAUUUUAUACAAAUCCCAAUAACUCCCCUUUGCCACAUGUAGUUACUGUAUGACACAACAAGAGUUGACGGAGGUGGGACUACCUUAACCUGCCAGCCAUCCCCAGCUAGACAGAGCUCCAAAAUGAAAGAUGGCACCAAGAAAGGAGGAAGUCAGGAGAUGGUGGAAGGCGAGAGAUACCGCUGGUGGUCCGGCUUUCGCUGCUGUUUCCUCAUCCUUCUCCUCACAGUGAUGGCCAUCUUCUUCUUCACCAACGACCGGUCAGCAGAGUGUGCCCCAAGAUGGUGGACAGAAUACCAUGGUGGUUCAGCCAACAGAUCUGGUUCUACCAACACCACUAGUGCAGUAGUUUCUCCAAACUCCACUGCCUUUUCCAUAGACGCUCAUGAAACUGCAUCUGCCAAUUCAACAGAUCAUCAGACUUCACUUACCAACUCUACUCAACAGGCCAUCAAACUCAAUCCAACACAUAAUGAAACUGGUGCCAUCACGACUGCACUGACCAUCACCACUAAUCUGAUUACAGAGGUCAAGGCAGUUCUUGCCACUGGACUGGCCACUCCUGUUCCAUAUGUGUCCCCAGGACCGUACCAUGUAGAAUACCCAUCAGAGUACCACUUCAUCCUGGAUGAGCCGGAGAAAUGCCGGGAGCAGAACCCCUUCCUGGUUCUGGUGGUGCCAGUGGCGCCCUAUAACAGGGAGGCUCGUGACGCUGUCCGCAGUACUUGGGGCAGUGAGAGGCAGGUACUGGGAAAAGAGGUCCGUCUGUUCUUCCUGCUGGGACUUCCCAGUGGAGAGAGGACAGAGCAGCUCCAGGAGAAGGUGCUGCAGGAGAGCAAAGAGCACCAGGAUCUGCUGCAGAGCGACUUCAUAGACAGCUACAAAAACCUGACCAUCAAGACCAUGGUGAUGAUGGAGUGGCUGAGCUCUCGCUGCCCCAACGCCUCCUACGCCAUGAAGAUCGACUCAGACAUGUUCCUCAACGUGAACACCUUGGUCAACAUGCUGCUUCACGCUCCAAAGCAGAACUACCAGACUGGACUAGUGGCCCAAUGGGGAGCAGUUCUAAGAGACCAUAACUCCAAAUGGUACCUUCCAAAGGAGGUGUUUCCUGAGAACAUAUACCCACCUUAUGCUCUGGGCCUGGGCUAUGUCUUCACCUUAGACCUCCCCAGGAAGCUGGUGGAGGCGUCCAGGCAUGUUAAAGCCAUCUACAUAGAGGAUGUGUAUCUGGGACUGUGUAUGAGACACCUGGGCAUUCGUCCUACUAACCCCCCCAAUGGAAACCUCUUCCAGGUUUCCCCUGUGGCUUAUGACCGCUGCACCUACUCACGGCUGAUAGCCACCACCACACACAGUAUCACUCACCAGGUCAAAGCAUGGAAAGACUUACUCAAACCUGGUCCUCCGUGCUGAUCACGUACACUAACAAACUGACUGAUGUACCAAUCACUUCAUCGUUGUUUGUUCUUGCCAAAGAUGUAAUCCGGUGAAUUUGUAAUGCAUUUCCAUUUUGAUUAAAACGUUUAAUGAUGAUGA